UUUGCAGGAGAAAUGGCGGCGAUAGCGGUAGGGAUGAUGGACGCUGCUUAUUUCGUCGGUAGGAAUGAGAUUCUGAGUUGGAUCAAUGCCACGCUUCAGCUCAAUCUCUCCAGGGUAGAGGAGGCUGCAUCUGGUGCUAUCCAAUGUCAGAUGAUGGAUAUGACCCAUCGUGGAGUUGUUCCGAUGCAUAAGGUGAACUUUGAUGCUAGGACAGAAUACGACAUGAUUCAGAAUUACAAGGUUCUGCAAGAAGUAUUUAACAAGUUAAAAAUAGAGAAGCAUAUUGAAGUGAACAAGCUUGUUAAAGGACGGCCCCUGGACAAUUUGGAGUUCUUACAAUGGUUGAAACAUUACUGUGAUUCUAUAAAUGGAGGCAUUAUGAAUGAGAAUUAUAACCCAGUGGAACGAAGAAACAAAGGUGGGAAGGAGCGGAAUUCAAUAGUUUCUCACAAAGUCUCAAAAUCACUCCAAGCAAACAACAUUCCUAGUGUUGUCUCAGGCGAUGGAACAGUCUUUAAGACUUCUGGUCCGAAACAAGGGAGAAGUUGCGUAGUGUCAGGUGGAGCUAAUUCUGCUGCAGAGAUUCAAGCAUUGUCUGAGCAAAUUCUGGACCUCAAGCUUUCAGUAGAUAAUCUGGAGAAAGAGAGAGAUUUUUACUUUGCAAAGUUACGGGACAUCGAAAUUCUUUGUCAAACUUCUGAGUUCGAGUCUCUGCCUAUGGCAGCAGCAAUUAGAAAGAUUUUGUAUGCAGCAGAUGCAAAAGAAUCACCUCUUGCUGAAGCUCAAGAACUCAUAAGCAGAUCACUGAAUGCUGAUGCAGCUGAAGUAGACUACGACGCUUAGUGCAAAUCUUGCCAAAGUGAAUGGUCCGCCAUGCUUUAUACUGGUCCUCAUUUUACUGCUGUUCUUCAAUCCCAACUCAGUGGGGAUCUGCCUCGUGCGAGGAA